GGAGGGUGCUUCAGGCAUUGUCAGAUCAACUAACAAUACAAUGCAUGUUGUUUUACAAUAUGAAGGCCAUGAAGGAAAUGGUUUCAUUGCAUCAUUUUCUACCCAUGGUGAGUAAGAUAAAUAACAAUAGUUCAUUGGUGCAUAUCAACCUCACUUUUAUGUUAACAGUAUGAAUGUAUCUUUUUUUUUGUUUCUUGUAAAUGAACCGUUGUUAUAACAACUUAUUAUUGUCAUUAUUGGCCAUUACCAAUAUAUAAUUUUUCCUUGCUCCUAAGUGGUCUGCCAAAUACCCCAGGGAUAUGAGUACCAAAUGUUGGCAAAAACUACUAGGCUUAUCAUAGCAAGCCAAAAGUUGUAACAAAGCUUAUUCUAAAUGAAUAUUUUAACUUUAUAUUUGGAACUACCACAUUGCAUAAUGUUUCACCAGUGUUCUUUUUAAGCAUUUCAUUUGACUAACAGAAAUAUCAAAAUUCAAUUCAAAUAACACAAGUGAUGAUAGUAUAGAUCCAUAGGAAAGUCAGUUGGUGGUCUACAGCCAAAUAACACAAGUGAUAGCAUAGCUCCAUAGGGAAGUCAGUUGGUCUACAGCUAAAAAUGGGUCAUUCUACAUUAUUGCUAUUUUAAAAAAAAUAUCUACUUGUACAAACAGGGGUUUCUUGUUAAAUUGUAGAUGAGGUAUUUCUUUGUAGAAUAUAUUCCUUGCAUCCAAUAGGUUAGGACAAAUAAUAUAUGCAUGGCAGAAAUUUAAAACUCAAAAUGUCUGGAUUCCACCCAUGGGAUACAGUAAAGGUUAAAAAAAAUUUAAUAAAAAAAUACCUGUAGCACAAAAAGGGUUUUUGUAAUGCAAACAGUAAAGAGAUUGUAACUGUGUAUUCAAACUUCAGCUUGUAAUCCUUUCACCUAUGGGCAAACAUGUGAAAACCAAUGUGAUUGUGAAACUAACAACACCCAACACUGUGAUCAUUUGACUGGCUUGUGUAUCUGCAAGGAGCCAUGGCUUGGACAUAAAUGUACUGAAAAGAAAGAUCCAUGCCUCCUACAGGACAUUACAUUUAAAUGUCCCGAGGAUCAGGUGUGCACAAAUAAUGAUGACGUGCACAGUUGUGUGUGUCGACAAGGAUACGUGAUGAAUAGCAAUCAACAGUGUGAAGGUAAUAUAUGUUAUAAAUUCACACUUUUAAAAACAUUUAAUCUUGUUUCUACAUUUAAUUUUAAAUUCAUUUUUGCCAUCUCUGCUUGAUGCUUUAUCAUUCCCAUUCAAAAUUCAGAUCCUGGGUAGAUUUUAGGUAAAAAAAAAAUAUGCAUGCAAAUAACUAUAAUUUGUAUUUUUAUAUUUAUUUUAAUUUAAGCUGUAUUGUUAGUUACAUAAAAUUAUGUCUCUUAAAAAGUUUUAAUUGCACAUUUUCUUAAAGUACAACGUGCCUGCAUAAGGAACCUUGGACUGUGUUCCCAUUAUUGUAUCAUCAAUGCUGUUGGGAAAGAAGAAUGCACUUGUCCACACAACAUGGUGCUUGGCGUAGACAAAUUUUCAUGUGUAGGUGAGUGUACAAGAGUUUUGAAAUUUAUUUUCUAAAAAUGAGUUAUUUAAAAUAAUUGGUAUUUUAUAGUUGAAAGCUUUGGAUAGGCUUUUAAUCUUGUAUUUAAUCAUUUCAUGUACAUUUUCAUGUUGACAAGGCGACAAGGGGAGUGUGAUAUUUUAAAUUAAUUACAAAGAAAGGUAAAAAAAAUUGGUGUUGUAGAAUAUAUUCCUUGCAUCUUUCACGCUUAUGAACCAAACGAAAUAGUUAUUUUUUAAAUGUACUAGUAUAAGAACAUUUACAUUUGAAAUAAUAUAAAAAUGGGUCACUUAAAAAUUAAUUUAAUUAAUUUUUAAUUGUGCAAUUUGCUUUAUUAUGUAGAAGGUACAUUUAAAAAAUCAGAAAUUUAAAAAAAAAUUAAUUUGAGGCCCCCUGUAAAAAUGUCAAUUCCACUGACAUUUUCCUACAUUUCUAGCUGCAAUACUCCCUAAGUGGUGGGAUGCCUAGUCUUAAGUAAUACCCCUGUGAUCUCGCUUUCAUACCUUAAAAUUAUAGUAAGCGUAUGUAUAAAAGUUUAAAUAUAUUUAAUAUAAAAAAUAAGAAUGAAAAUUUGUUUUUAACUGUCUAAACCUAUUCACAUAGGUAAAUUUUUUAAAAUGGCAUUUUGCAAUUUAAUCAAAGAUCAAUGGCUUUCCAUUUCCAGUAAAUAUAAAUUGCUUUAGUGGAAUUUGGGUUUUUUGGUCACAUGAUCUAACCAAAAUGUUUUUAAAAUUCACUGAUCAUGGCAAGAGAAAACUUUCAGAAGAUGAGUUACAAAGUUGGUCCAAAACAUGGUUUCAUAGUACAGUAAGUGGCAUCAUAAAUCAAUUUUCAAAGGCAAAUCUCUAAAAGAAAUUGUAAUUAUGAAUAAAUUUAUUUUUGUAAUAUUUUACAGUUCCAUUCUACCCAAAUGGUCCUGAUGCAAAUGAUUUUGACUUAUUGAGAAAUGAGACGGAGAAGUGUAAUAAAAUAAUGUGUGAAAAAGUUAACUUAGAACUUGCC